GAUUCCUUAACUUUCCUGAUCACUGUUUCUGAGGACUUUCUGAAUGAAUAUUCCUGUUACUCUCAAAUUGCUGGAGAUGGCAAGUCCAGCAGUCAGCCCUGACUCUUCUUCCCAUGAAGCACUCUCUUCUGUCAACUCUAUGCCUGCAUGUUCCCCUACUUCUGAUUCUGAGAACCUGAGCCCAGAUGAGUUGGAGCUAUUAGCCAAGUUGGAAGAACAAAACAGGCUUCUGGAAGCUGAUUCAAAGUCAUUACGCUCUAUGAAUGGCUCCCGAAGGAAUAGUGGGUCGUCUUUGGUAUCCAGUUCUUCUGCAUCAUCCAAUCUGAGCCAUCUUGAAGAGGAUACCUGGAUCUUAUGGGGAAGGAUUGUCAAUGAAUGGGAAGAAUGGAGGAAAAGAAAAGAGAAAUUGCUCAAGGAACUCAUAAGGAAAGGAAUCCCUCACCAUUUCCGAGCAAUCGUUUGGCAGCUUUUGUGCAGUGCCACGGACAUGCCUGUGAAGAAUCAAUAUUCAGAGUUGCUGAAAAUGUCUUCUCCUUGUGAAAAGCUAAUCAGAAGGGACAUUGCCAGAACAUACCCCGAACAUGAGUUCUUCAAGGGGCAAGACAGUCUGGGCCAGGAGGUUCUCUUCAAUGUUAUGAAGGCUUAUUCUCUAGUAGACCGUGAGGUUGGGUACUGCCAAGGUAGUGCAUUCAUCGUGGGACUACUUCUCAUGCAGAUGCCUGAAGAAGAGGCUUUCUGUGUAUUUGUACGGCUGAUGCAAGAAUAUAGAUUACGGGAAUUGUUCAAACCCACUAUGGCUGAAUUAGGACUUUGCAUCUACCAGUUUGAAUACAUGCUGCAGGAACAACUACCUGAGCUGAAUAUCCACUUCCGCUCCCAAAGCUUUCUCACCUCUAUGUAUGCAUCAUCCUGGUUUCUUACACUCUUCCUCACUACUUUUCCUCUGCCUGUGGCCACGCGAGUAUUUGACAUCUUCAUGUAUGAGGGAUUGGAAAUAAUCUUCCGUGUAGGAAUGGCUCUUCUCCAAUUCAACCAAGCUGAACUGAUGCAACUGGACAUGGAAGGGAUGUCACAGUAUUUUCAGAAGGUGAUUCCUCAUCAGUUUGACAGCUGUCCUGAUAAGCUGAUCUUAAAGGCCUAUCAAGUGAAAUACAACCCUAAGAAAAUGAAACGACUGGAGAAAGAGUAUACUGCAAUCAAAAACCGGGAGAUGGAAGAACAGAUUGAAAUCAAGAGGCUCCGUACUGAGAACCGCCUUCUGAAACAGCGCAUUGAAACCCUGGAGAAGGAGAGUGCUGCCUUGGCAGAUAGGUUGAUCCAGGGUCAAGUUACCCGUGCACAGGAGGCUGAAGAGAACUACAUUAUCAAGCGGGAGUUGGCAGUUGUGAAGCAACAGUGCUGCUCUGCCACAGAGAACUUGCAGAAGGCGCGAAGCACCAUUCAGCAACUUCAGGACCAACAAGGAAACCCCCGCUUCUCUGAGGAGUUUGUGAGCCAUCUGGAAACAGAACUGGAGCAAUCCCGCUUGAGGGAGUCUGAGACUCUGAGUGCUCUUAAAGAGAUGCAGGAUAAAGUCCUAGACAUGGAAAAGAAGAACAGCUUGCUUCCAGAUGAAAACAAUGUGGCCCGUCUGCAGGAAGAACUGAAGGCUAUGAAGGUGCGGGAGUCUGAGGCAAUGAAAUCUUUUAGAGAGCUGCAACAGCAGGUGAAGGAGCUCAAUGACAAUUGGCAGACCCAUCUGAGCCGGACCGGUGGGCGAUGGAAGGACUCUCCCCGAAAGAACACAAUGAAUGAUCUCCAAGAUGAACUGAUGAAUCUCCGUCUGCGUGAGACACAGGCCCAGGGUGAGGUCCGGGAGCUGCGUCAAAGAGUGGUGGAGCUUGAAACCCAGGAUCAGAUUCACAGCAACCUCCUCAGUCGGAUGGAACAGGAGUGUUCUGGGCUGCAUGAAAAGGUGCAGUAUCUCACUGCCCAAAACAAAGGGCUGCAGACGCAGUUGAGUGAGACCAAGCGCAAGCAUGCUGAAUCUGAGUGCAAGAGCAAAGAAGAAGUUAUGGCUGUUCGCCUGAGAGAAGCAGAUAGCAUGGCUGCUGUGGCAGAGAUGCGGCAGAGGAUUGCUGAACUGGAAAUCCAGAGAGAAGAAGGAAUGAUCCAAGGUCAACUCAACAAUUCUGACUCCUCCCAAUACAUUCGUGAACUCAAAGAGCAGAUUGAUGAACUCAAGGCAGAGAUUCGGCUAAUAAAAGGACAGAAGCCUUUUGAGGACUCUAUGGGCUUUGAUGGUAUACAUAUUGUGAGUCAUCUGGCAGUGGAUGAUGACUCACUGCAUUCUUCAGAUGAGGAGUUGCUGACCAACCCUAUGGUAGUGGGUGCCCUGCAGGAUGUCUUGUAUCCACUGUCUCCCCACAACACACACUUUCUGCAUGGGGCCGAGAGCUCUGGUAAGGAGAGUGAUGGCACUACAGAUAGCGAUCCAGAUGAGCCUGCCUCUGCCACUGAGGCCAAUGGUGAGAUCAUCUUUGCAGAGGCCUUGGGCAAAUGAGGAGUGAUGUUGCCAUCCCAACUCCAUCUGGAAGGCAGUUGAUCCACUGGCCAUGCUGUACUGAGGAGUCAGGGAUCAGAUGGAACUGAGUCUUCUGCCCAGUGAGUAUCAUGCCUCAGAUGUGGCAUGGUGUGCCCCACAUGGACUAUAUUGAUUGUUGUCAGCACUGCCUUUUUUCAGCUUUGUCACUGGGAGUUAAAAUCCAAAUCCAGGUAUUGGCCUCAUCCACAUCCUGCUUUCCACACGUUUUUUCCUUCUCUACACAAAAGUUUGCACAGAUGAGAACUUUGAAGGGGCAGCAGAAGCAGUCAGUCCACUGAUCCCCUAAAAUACAGCCGAGUUGUAUUCAAUCUCUUUCUCCUUGCUGUGCUUGGAGAGGGGAAAGGGGUCAGUCUUCCCUUUAUUUAUAUUUGUCUCCUAGCAUGCUGCUCUGCAUCCAGAGGAGAAAAUUGAGUGCCUCCAUACUUGUUUGUAAUUUUCCACCCUGAAAAAGGACAGGGAAGGAGAGUGAGCUUCUGAAGAAGUGAUUGGUUCUAGUGAGGGAGAUAAUAUUUUUGUUCCUGUGUGCAUUAUUUAUUUCUAGAGUGCAAUUACUAAUCCAUCUCUGAAAAGUUCAGUGAUUUGGAGGACUUUUAUGGAGUAGCCAAAAUUGCUUCUGUACCUAAACAUACAACAUUUUCUAUUUAGUUAUAUCAAGGGAUACUCUUCAUUAACUCCAGUUUUAUAGUCAUCUUUUCAAACACUGAUUUUUGCAGCAUUCUGGCUCAGUGCCCAAUUUGGCUCAGGCAGGAGGGCAGGCCAUCAGUGCAUAUAUUUAUAUAUAUAUAAAUAAUCGGGGGGGGGGGAGAUACAUUAGUAAGCUGCUCCUUGAUUCAUGAGAUCAGUAUUAAUUGCUAAGUUACUGUGUGGAGAGAUAGAAAUAUUGUGGAAUGUCCAGAUAGCUGAUUCUGCCAAGAUUUAAAAAAAAAAAAUGGAAGCCCCCAAAGGGCUAAAACUUGAAUUACACAUCAAGUAAAAAUAAGACUCCUAAUAUUACAUUUGCUUCUAAACACUAGUAGAGCAAGGAUAGCAGGGGAGAACCAGCAGGAAAGGUAUGCCAAACCCUUUGUGCUUUCACUGAUGAUUCUAUGCAGAUGCUCCUCAGUUCCUUUAAGCAUUGGGCGCAUUUGCUUGUAUAAAGUGUAGUUCUGCUCCAAGCAGCAAUUCCUUGCAGAAACAAGCCUCUUCUUGAAGUGUGUAUGUGUGUGUUCAUGGGGGGAGAGGUGCUUGGGGGCAAGGUAAGGCAGGGUAGGGAAAAGAACAUGUUUUCUUAACAAGAUUAGCUUCUAACAGCGAAAGGAUUGCUGACAGCCCACUUAAUGACAGUUGGUAAAUAAAGAACCCAUAAUUUACUUAGGGAUUCUAUUGAAGAAGAGUUUAAAUAGAACUGUACAGUGAUGCGCACCUCAGUUGGAAAUACUGCAGUCAUUGCAAUGCUAUUUGUAAUUCGGUUCAUAUUCAUUCAGCUGCAGAAAGGCUUGUUUUCCACAAAGCAGGGUGGGGGGGCAUCAGUAGUUGAGAAGAAUCAGUGGAGCAUUACUUACAAGCACUCCAUGUUUUUUGCAGCUAGAAAUAAUGCUGCAAUUGGUACUCAAAGACCUUCUCUUCAUUUUUAGGGUACCGAACUGAAAACUGCUAGUUUAAUUUUGUCCCCUUUCCUUAACACAGCCCAGGUUUAAGAGUAUUAAAGCUUCUCUGUCAUAGCAUGCUUUUGGGGGAUUAGUGUAGCACCCAGAUAUCACUGGGACGAAAAUUCCAGACUCUACCCCCCCCCCAAAAAAAGAUAGGGCAGGACAGCUUUAUGAAAAAAGCCUUUAAAAAAUAUGCAGUGCUGUUUCUUUCCAUUUAAAUUAGGGAGGUGUGCUGUUUUGAAAUAUUUAGCAUUGCAAGGUGUCUGAAUAAAGGUAUUGUUACAAAUGAUAAUGUUACAGCUGAGAAUAAAGAUCACCUGGCACUAGAAGAUGGAAAGGGUUUCACAGAAGGUCUAUGAAAGAGGCUGGGCAGAUGCAGAACGUCGAAGAUGUAAGGCUUUGACCCUGCCAAGAAGGUAGGCAAUUUUGUUAAGCAAGAAUCUGGUUGUGGAGGGCCAUCUACGAACAGGUUCAGGUAGUUUUUGAACUGGGGAAUUCCUCCCCUCGGGGAAGGGGGCCAUUUCUUGCUGUGGGCGUAUUUUCUUCAUUCUUCGCUCAAUUUUAUUUCUUUCUCAUCUGUAGCAAAUUAAUAUGCCUUUUAAUUUUAUCUAGCUUGUAAAGCCUGCAACUUUAUUAAUGACUGAAAAUGUUCUGUAUCAGACACAUAGACCUCUCUUUUUGGAAGAGUCCUCCAUGACCGUUUCCUUGGCAUGGGUUUGGAAGGGAUUUGAAAGGGAGAAGCUGCUUGGAUUUUCCAAGUGCUUUCUCAGCUCCCAAAUCAGUGAGGGUAAACCAGCAUUUGCAAAGCAGGAAAACAAACCUACAUUUGCCUAGCCACCUACCACAUGGCUGGCCCUGAACUAUUGAACAUAAAUAAACGCACAAACGCGCACACACACACACACACACAUAUAUAUAUAUAUAUAUGUAUGUAUGUAUUUAUAUAAUAUGCCCAGGGAAAGGCACCAGUUUGGCAUAAUCUUGCAUAUUUUAUAUAUACGUUUUACACACAUAUACAUAUACCCAUGCUACACUGUAUUACUAACAUUUUGCAAUUUACUGUUUCAUUAUUCAAUCUCACAUAGAGGUAAUCAGAAUAAUACGUGGUCCAGAUGAGUUCAGUUUGCACUGUUGUUUUGAUCUGCUUGUAUCAAUCUGAAGCUCCCCUCCCUCCCCCCCCCGCUAGCAUUGGACAUAUGUUUGCAAUGUUGGAUGGCUUGUGAAACUGUUUGCCAGUUGUGCAUAAUUCCUAGCAGUUGUGGAUAUUUGUUUUGUGUAGUGCUAUCUGAAUGCUUACUGCCUCUAACAUUACAUGUUAGGAAAACCUUUAACUGAUGCUAUUUCUAAAUAUGAAGUAAAUCCAUUGACUUUAGUGUUUCACAGUUACACUGGAGUAAAUGAGAGAAGAUGGUUCGAACCAUAUCCAAAUUGUUUUUUCAUUUGGUUUGAGAUUGUUAUUGUUAAAUUUAGACUUGAUUCAUUUGGCUGAUUUAUUCUUUAAGGUUCAUUGUGGCAAACCCUGACUGAAGUCUGUUAACCUAUUCUAUACAAAUUAUUCACAUUACUGCAGCUUUUUUCUAGUGUUUAGAUUGUGGCUGUAGAGCCUUUUGAUACAGUUUAUUAAAUGAUACCACAAAUUCCCCCUCUCCAUUGCUUCUAUACUUGCAACUGUAUAGAAGUUUGAAGACAAUGAUAACUUUCUUUUUCUUCCAUGCUAGCAGAUACUAGGAACUACAGGAUAUAUAAAAAGUGUUUUGGUCUGAUUUCUCAGAGUAGAUCCAUGCAACAUCGGAGUACAAGAGUUGAAUCCUCCUUUUGCAGAUUACCAGGAGAUAGUAUUGACUUUUCUUUUUGGAGCUCUGGAUGGUAAACAUAAAACCAUGUGAUAAAAAUUAUUAUAUCAGAUAACUUGCAAUGAAAUCUUUAGAAAAUUAAUAAUAAUGUAAGUAUUAGGAGCAAGAGACUGGACGAGCAAUGGGAAUUCUAAUUUCAUCACAGCAAAGUGCAGGAAACUCAGCUGUUCAAGUUGGCAUAAUCUGUUGCUUUUGGUUGAGUUUGGUUAGAUACCAAAUGUCAUGAAUAAACCACAGUGUACUGAAUUACAUUAGGUCAUGAAAAACAUAGCCUUGAUUCUAGCAGAAUGAGCUUGAUUCACCAACUGAACCAUGUGUCUAAUUCUUCAAAAAGAAUCCAUUUACAUCAAGAUACCCACAACCCCCAGCCCACCCCAAUUCCUCUGCUGGAUAUAAAUUAUAGUAUUUCCAAGGAAUUUUCUUUCUUUUUGAAAGUAAAGGCCUACUGAAAACUAUCCAUCCACAGAAUCCAUGGCAAGCAUGUUAGAAGAAAAGUGCAGACAGCCAAUCUUGGUAACCUGAGAAUCAAACACUUUCGGUUUUGAUCUGUAUCUUAGAGCAAAAGUAUCUGCCUAAUUAGGUUUAUUGUUUUUUUUUAAAUUUGUAUGAACUUUUCUGAACAUGGUUGUGAGUUUCCAAGCCAAACUACAGUGCAUACGGAAAGUAUUUAGAUCCCCUUCAUUUUUUUCAAUUUUGUUAUGUUGCAG